AUGGAUAUCUACAAGGUGGUCGUAGAACGUCCGCUUGUGAUUCGUUACGGCAUGGGAGACGCUGAAGACGCCCAACUAAAUGGUGUUGAACAAACCCUGGCCGCUCCCCUCUCCAAGAACUCGAAGUACCUCGUCUAUCGACGUAUCUACGAAAUGCACUACGCUAGAGAUGCCACCGAGUUCAUGUCAAUUCAAGAGCGUGCCGAUGGCUUGUGA